AUGGAUAUUAAGACCACGGCCGUGACGCCGCCAGCCAUGCCCGCUGUGGAUGCUGCCGGCGCCCCGCUCUCGCCGCCGAGCAGCGGCCAUCUACUGACUGCGGCCAGCCUGGAGCAGCAGCUGCAGCACAAGCAAACGUUCCAGCACAUCUUCGAGCAGCUGGUGCAGCAGAGCGGCGGCAGCCAGAAGCAGCUGGCGCCCAAGCAGCUGGAGCACUUGCGCCAUUUGCUGGGCAAUGUGCGGGAUGCCAAGAAUUUGCAGCUAAUUGUCGAGAAGUUCAAGAAUCUGGAACAGUUCCAGGAGCACUACGCCCAGCUGGGCGGCAACAACAACAACAACACUGUGAUCACAGAGGACAGCGAAAUGUCGCUCAAGGACAAUGCACGCAAAUUCGGCGCUGGCGGUCAGACGCUGACGCCCCGCCACACAAUCGACGCCAUUCUGGGACUCAAGAAUCGCAAUGGCCAGGCGCAGGGCCAGCUGCAGGCAGCAGCCGAGGGCAGCGAUGGUGAUGGUGAUGGCUCCAUGGCCGAGGACGAUGCCACCGAUCUGCGCUGCAACAUGUCGCUGGCGCAGCUGCGCCACAUGGAUAAUCACAUGGCCAACAUGCUGCAGCAGCACGCCAAGAAUGGGCUCAGCUAUGGCCCGCCAACACCACCAGCGCCGCCGCCGUCGCAGCAGCCGCCGCCACCGCAUCAUCAUCAUCAUCAGCAGCAGCAUCACGGCGCCAUGGCUGGCGCUCCGCACGCCCCAUUUGGCUACCACAAUGCCUUCGGAUUUGGCCACGGACACAACAGUCACAGCCAUCAUCUUGCGCAUAGCUUUGGGCAGCAGCAGGAGGACGCGGCGGGCAAUUACCUCAACUCGAUGCACCAAAUGGUCGAGGCCAAUCAAUUGCAGCCGUCGCAGGUGUCCGCGCCGGUGCCGGUGGCGGGGCCGGGGCCUGCGCUGCCUCCCCCCGGCGCCUAUGGCAGCCAUCAGCAGCACUUGGCGGCGCUGGCUGCGCAUGCGCAGGAGCAGCACAACAAAUAUGCCAAGUCAUCGUCGCCAGCCACCGCCGUCGCUGCUGGCAGCUACUUUCUGCCGGAUGUCGCAGCAUCAACGGGCGCAGCAACAACAACCACGGCAACAACAGCAACUGUUGCGCAGGCGACAGCAGCACGCGACUACGACGAGCGUUCAAUGUCCUCUACCAGCGAGCUGGACGACGAGGAGGAUGAUGCGGCAAAGCUGCAGCACGACGGCAACAUUAACAUCGAUGUAACCUCACCGCCCACACCCAGACCCAUGGGCAGCAACAGCAGCAGCAACAACAACAGCAGCGGCAGCGGCAAGCGCAAAGCCUCCGCCUCUGCCUACUGUGAUGAUAAUGAGCCGAAAUUAGCCAACGGACAGCAGCUGGGUAAUUAUGGCAUCAGGGCGCGCAGCCUGGACGAGGUGCAACAACAACAACAGCAGCAGCAACACUUUCCACACGAAUAUCGCAGCAGCAGCAGCAGCAACAACAACAACAGCCAAGUGGAGCAUGUGGAGCGUCUGAAUGGGGACAACGACAGCCUGGUCAAUGGCAGCUGCGCCUCCAGCGAGGAUCUCAACCAGACCAACAACAGUGAGCAGGGCGAGAAAAUCACAUCCGGCAGCGAUGAUGAGGGCCAGGACGAGAACUGUGCCAAGAAGAAGCAUCGCCGCAAUCGCACCACCUUUACCACAUAUCAGCUGCAUGAGCUGGAGCGCGCCUUCGAGAAGUCGCACUAUCCGGACGUCUAUUCGCGCGAGGAGCUGGCCAUGAAGGUGAAUCUGCCCGAAGUGCGUGUCCAGGUCUGGUUUCAGAACCGACGCGCCAAGUGGCGUCGCCAGGAAAAGUCGGAAAGCCUGCGUCUGGGCCUGACGCACUUUACGCAGCUGCCGCAUCGAUUGGGCUGCGGUGCAUCCGGUUUGCCCGUGGAUCCUUGGCUGUCACCGCCGCUGCUGAGCGCGCUGCCAGGAUUUCUUUCGCAUCCGCAGACCGUUUACCCCAGCUAUCUGACGCCGCCGCUAAGCUUGGCGCCGGGCAAUCUGACCAUGAGCAGCCUGGCUGCCAUGGGCCAUCACCAUGGGCCGCCGCCACCGCAUGGGCCGCACAGCGGACAGCUGGCACCGCCACCCACCGGGCCACCACCGCCACCGCCACCGCAUCCACAUGCACAUGCACAUGCCGGCCAUCAUGCGGUGCCGUUGUCGCAUCUCUCGCCGCACCUGUCACGCAUGUCACCGCACGCGACCUCGCUGUCGCCACAUCAUGGAAACGUGGCCAGCCUGACGCCCUUGCCGACCGGCGCGACGCCAGCCACGACGACAGCAUGCUCGACCGCCUCGUCCUCGUCGUCGUCGCUGGAGUGCAGCGGCCCGGAUGUGUGCAUGUCACCGCAAAACCUCAGCAUAUCGAAUGCCGACUCCAAUGGCGAUCUGCGCGACUGCAGCGAUGCGGAUGGCGGCAGCUGCAGCAACGGCGCCGGCGGCCUAGAAAAGUGCACCAACGAGCUGCUCGAUGUCGGCAGAGAGAGUCCCCCGCCGCCCUCCUCGCUGGCCAUCAAGCGCACAUCAGCCGCAACGCCGCCUUCAGUGGACAUGCGCAGCAACUCGAUUGCCACGCUGCGCAUCAAGGCCAAGGAGCAUCUUGAUAAUCUGAACAAGGGCCUAAUCUCCAUGGUCUAGCCAGGCAGUGGCAAUGGUUCCUGCAUUCCUACACACAAGGACCAGGCACAGCAAUUCACAUAAGUUAAACUCAAGUGUUAGCCUUAGUUCUUCACGCAAAUCUCUCACAACAACUCAACAAUCCAAUCAAAAUCCACAGAGAUACAUUUAUCUAUACAUAUAUCCAUCCAUAUAAGUACAUGGGUAAUCGUAUUUGUUUAGCCCUGUAAUAUCGUGCGUGUUUUAGUUUAGUGAAUUCGUCGUUGUAAACAUUAUUUGUAUAGCCAAGAACCAGUGAACAGAAAGUUACUCAACUCGAACUUGCAACAUCCGAACGGUAAAGCAAAUAAAUCGGCAAUUUAAAUAGAUUUUCAUGUGCAUAGAGAUCGAUUUGUAACCUUUCAAUAAUUGCUAAAGAAAACUGAUUUAAAUA